AUGAGGAAGGGAUCGAAUAUAUACCUGAUUGUAUUCUCAAUCAGUAUAUCAGCGUUAUCUCUGUUUGUUUUAAAUUUUCAAUCUCGUUUAAAUGCCGAUAAAUUGGAUUUAUUAUCCGAUUUCGAACUUCCAAAACGAAUUUAUGCCAAUCCAUAUCCACCUCCACGAAAAUCAAAUCAUUCAAUACCAGAUAAAGACAAACUAUACAUUGCUGUAAUGGAUAGUGUCUAUGAACCAACGGAACUGCUAUGCACUCUAUAUGAUUCUUGGAUCAAAGAAGUUCAAGAAAUGCAAUUUGUUGAUGCAGUUGAAAUUUACUCGCUUUCUUCAUAUUCAGAUUCGAAUUGUAGUCUUAGAACAAUUACAUUUGCAGAUCCUCCUAAACAAUUUCCAAUUAACAGAAGUCCUUCAUGUUAUCUUAUGUAUUCUUUAUUCAAAAUGUUCUUGGCGCGCUCUACAGCAAAUUGGAUUUUAAUUGUCAGCGAUGGAGCUUAUGUUAAUCCAAAACUAUUACCAAAAUUCAUUUCUAAGUACGCCAAUUCAUCUUACUACGACUCUCCUUUAGCAAAAGGCCAAUGUCAGGAACUUCGAGAUAAUUUUCAGAUAUUUGCACCAAAUUCUGGUGUUUUACUUACGAGAUCUGCUGUAAAGGCCGUCUUUGACAGACCAAGGAAGUUUGAAAUCUCUUGUCAAAUAGAAUUACCAGCAUAUGAAACAAUUACUCAUGUUUUGGAUCAAAUUGAUAUUAUGCCCAUUCACAAUCAUGAUUUCAGGUUCCUUGGUCAACCAUUUACUAAAUCAAAGUAUUUUAAAUGGAUUGAUUCAGGAGAUUAUUCAAAAGUAAAGAAUUGCACAUCAGGAUACUCUUCUCCAAGGAUAUGUUAUCCUAGAUCGUACAAAAUCAAAGAUUUGGUUGUUUGGGCAGGUUCAGGAAAAAAGAUUGACAAAAUUAAGUUUUUGUUAGGAGCCAAACGAUGGCUUGACUUAGCUCCUGAUAAUUUAGGAUUCAUGUACAAUACUUACGAAACUGAUAUCUGUAUAAUGUCAAAAGAUUAG